AUGGAUCCAGCACAACUUUUAAUCACUCAAAAUCGUGCAUUUCCAUCAUUAGAAUAUGUACUUCAAGGUAGUAUUCAAGAUGAUUCUGCUCAUUUACUUAAAGCUCGUUUACAAGGAUUAUGUGAUAAUAUUACUGGUGAAGUUGAACAAUUUGAUGAUCAUGAAAUAGUACAUACUCUUCGAAUACCUGGUGCAUCAAAUGUAUCAUUACGUGUUCGUUAUGCACUUGAUGAUAUGCCUAAUCCAAUAUAUCAUUUACGUUAUGUUGCUUCAGCUGAAUUAGAUAAAAGUCAAAGUGUUAGUGUACGACAAUUUCAUGAUUGUUGUGUAACAAAAAAUAUUCAAUCAUUUUUACAAGAACUUGGAUUUAUGUAUGAUCAUGAAUUUUUUGCUAAAGGUGAUAUUUUUCGAAAAGGAAGAAUGAAAAUAACAGUGGCAAAAAUUUCAACUUUACUUGAACGAAAUCGUUCCGAUAUGAAUCCAAUGCAAAUACGUCGACCAUUGACAGCUUCAUGUUUUGUUGAAAUGUCAUUAAUUGGUUCAAUGCAUGAUGAUAAAGUGGCAGAUGAAAUGAAAACAUUUGCUGAACAACUUAAACCAUUAAUUUCUCUUGAAAAAAUUGAUCAAAAGAGAUAA